AGGCCCCGCCACCAAUAACAGGCGGUCCGUGCGGCCCACCCCGCCCAAAGGCAGCAGGCACGCCGAAACCAUGGGCCCUGGCGGCCAAGAGUAGACCGCGGGCACGGCCCGGCGCAGAACGCCCAGCGGCAGCAAGAACCCAGCGGGCCGCCGCCAAAAGCACCUGGCCUGGAGGUAUCGUGGCAUCGUGCCCCCGGCAGCAGACGGCGCGCACCGGCCCCAGGGCCUCGCACUCACGGCAUGCCCGUCCACCAACCAUGGCUCGCCCCACCAUCUACGCCCUCUCGACCAAACCGGGCCGCGCGGCCCUCGGCGUGAUCCGCGUGUCGGGCCCCGGCGCCAGCCACGUCUUCCGGCAGCUCACCAAAAGCCCGCGGCAGCCGCAGCACCGCAUGGCCAGCGUACGCUCGCUCUACGGCCGCAAGGGCCUUCUAGACCACGCGUUGACGCUCUUCUUCCAGGGCCCGCGGUCGUACACGGGCGAGGACGUGCUCGAGUUGCACGUGCACGGCGGCACGGCCAUCGUCAAGGCAGUCAUGGACGCGGUGGGCCACAGCCACCGCCCCGCCGAGGGCAUCCACGUGCGGUACGCGGAGCAGGGCGAGUUUUCCAGGCGUGCGUUCCUCAACGGCCGCUUCGACCUCACGGAGAUCGAGGGCAUCCGCGAGAUGAUCGACGCGGAGACCGAGUCGCAGCGCGUGGGCGCGUUGGCCUCGCUCACGGGCUCGACCCUGGCGUUGAUGCAGCGCUGGCGCCACGACAUCGUGCGCAACGUGGCGCUCCUCACCACGGUGAUCGACUUUGGCGAGGAGCACGACCUCGAGGACACGCAGCGGCUCUUUGGCGACGUCGGGCGCAGCAUCGACGCGUUGGCCGCGGACAUCCGCGGCUACCUCCGCAAGGUGCGCGGCUCCGAGGUGCUCAUGCGCGGCAUCAAGGUCACGCUCGUGGGGCCGCCCAACGCGGGCAAGCUGUCGCUCCUCAACUGCUUGGCGCACAGCGACGUGGCCAUCGUGUCGGACAUUGCCGGCACCACGCGUGACGUCAUCGACGUGCCGCUCGACAUCGAGGGCUACAAGAUCGUGGUGGGCGACACCGCGGGCAUCCGCGCCCUGCUGGACGCGGGCCUCAUCGAGAAGGAGGGCAUCCGCCGCGCCAAGCAAAAGGCGCUCGUGGGCGACAUGGUCUUGGUCGUGGCGCCCGUCGACGAGCCGCUCGCGCGCGACAUCCUCGACCACGUGGCGUUGCUCCACGAGGCCAAGCGCCACGUGGUGGCCGUGGUCAACAAGGUGGACUUGGCGUCCGGCCCCGCGCUCGCCGCCGCGCGCGAGAAGCUCGCGGCGCAGCUCCGCAUCCCGCCGGCCAGCGUCUUUGCCGUGUCCUGUCUCACUGGCGAGGGCAUGGCCCCGCUCCGCGCCGAGCUCGUCCUGCUGUUCAAGCGCGUGUCCAUGACCACGAGCUCGGACCCGGUGGUCAUCUCGGCACGCGCCCAGGACUUGCUCGAGCACGACGUGCUCUACGGGCUUGAGCAGUUCCAGGUCUGGAAGGACGCGGACGACGUCGUGUUGGCGUCCGAGUGCCUCCGCCAGUCCGUGGACGGGAUCGGCAAGAUCACGGGCGAGGCCGUGGGCGUGGAGGAGAUCUUGGGCGUCGUGUUCUCCAGCUUCUGUAUAGGCAAGUAGCGGCGCGGCGCUUCCAACGUGGUCUGUUUCUGUAUUU